AUGGCAUCAGUUACUGCCAAACAACUAUGUAUCAAAUGUGAUAAAGGUGGAGGAGUCGCUACAUGUGGUGGAUGCCAACAAUGGUUUUGUGUAAAACGCUUUAACGAACAUCGACAAGAGCUUGCCAUAGGAAUGGAUAAUUUAGGGGAAGAACAUGAUCUACUUCAACGAGAUCUCACCCAAGACAAUGCUGUGCAUGAUCUCGUAUCUUACGUGAAUGAUUGGGAGCAAAAAUCGAUUAUGAAGAUUCAAGCAGUAGCAGAGCAAGCUCGAAUAGAUAUACAAAAAUAUCUUGAUCAUAAAGAGCAACAAUUGAAGACAUCUCUGAAUCAAGUGGCUAAUGAAUUGAAAUCGGGUCGUCAAUCAGAUGAUUACACAGAAAUAGAUUUGAAGAAAUGGAUGGAACAAGUGAAACAAAUUCGAGAGAUGCUUGAGAAUCCAUCAACUAUUCGCAUUAUUGAUAAUAACGACGUACAAUCCAUUAUUCAUCUCAUUCAAGUAAAACAAACUGAGACGACGAGCAGAGCAAUCAAAUCGUCAGAAGAAGUUGCCAUUGUAACAAGAUCAGGUAGGGGAUUUUGA